AUGGCUAUAGAUACUAUAAUUUUGGGUUUACAUACGGUAGGUAUUGGAUCUUUAUUGGGUGCUAUUAAUUUUAUGGUAACUACUCAAAAUAUACGGUCGGCUGCUGUUACUUUGGAUCAGAUAAGAAUAUUUGUUUAUAUUAUUAUUUUACCUGCAUUUGGUAUUAUUAGGGAAUGUGUUUUAUAUCUAACUGAUAAGGAACGAUUAUUUGGUCAAGCAAGUAUGGCACGUCUGUUUGGGGCCAUCAUAUAUAUACUGCAGGUCUUGAUAUUGAUACUCGAACUUAUUUUAGGGCAGCUACUGUUAUUAUUGCUAUUCCUAGGGCAGUUAAGGUUUUUAAUUGACUUGGGACUUUAUUUGGUUCUCGUCAAUAUUUACAACCUUGGUAUUAUUUUGAGUACUGCUAGGUUAGAUAUUGUUUUACAUGAUACAUAUUAUGUAGUGGCACAUUUUCAUUAUACUUUGAGUUUAGGUGCUAUUUUUGCUAUUUUUAGUGGUUUUUCUUUGUGGUUUCCUUACAUGAGGGGGUGUGUUUUUGAUAAAAAUAUAAUAAUAGCUGUUUUUUUUUGUUUUUUUAUUGGUACAAAUUUGACUUUUUUUCCUAUACAUUUAGCUGGUAUACAGGGUAUACCUCGUAAGAUUUUGGAUUAUCCUGACUCUUAUUCUGUAAUUUCUUCUAUUGGUUCUGUGGUUUCUUUUAUUGGUUUUAUAUUGUUUAAUUAUUUGCUUGUAGAA